UGCCAUAUGACGUCCUUUCCGGUCUAACCUACCGACAUGGACGCCAGCCGCGUGCAGCCGAUCAAGCUCGCAAGAGUUACCAGAGUGCUGGGAAGAACUGGCUCCCAGGGGCAAUGUACACAGGUCCGUGUUGAGUUCAUGGACGACAGCAACCGUUCCAUCAUCAGGAACGUGAAGGGCCCAGUCAGAGAAGGCGACGUGCUGACGCUCCUGGAGUCUGAAAGAGAAGCCAGGAGGUUGCGAUAGAGCCUCCUGAAGCCGUGUGGUCCGGACGGGAUGAUGUGGCGCCAAAUACAGCCUCUCCUGUUUCACACACCAGGGGCUAACAUCUCGCUUAUGUUUUUCAAAUAAAUGUGGUCAUUGAGAAAA